AUGAUGAGAAACGGGUCCCUUCGACUUAUCGCGUGCCAAUAUUUGGUCCCCCACCCCUGGGAAGCACUCUAUGAAUCGUCUGAAAUGCUUUUUCAUCGAGGAUUUUCUGCUUGGAUCGUUGUUAACGGGCAGCCACUUCCAGAGUAUCUUGUUGCAGUGAAUUCAGACACGCACCAGGUUUCCUGUUGGAUACCGAGUGAGGAGGGUCAACGAUUUUCAGUACACUGGCAAGAUCAUGGUGGCAAUGUCGACACUUGUGCAUUCAUUUCGCUCGAUGGAUUCAUAGCUCCUGGCCGAUUUCUGUUUGGUUGCGGGGCGACCUCUCGCUUUGGAGUUAGGACUUCGCAGAACACCGAGAGACCAUUUGUGUUCCGUAAGGUGACCGAGAGUACAGUUCUGUCCCCAUCUUCCACGGAUGUCGGUAUGAUCGUCCUGAAGAUCAAGCGUAUCAAACGCACUGGCCAACAGCCGGUUGAUACUCUCCAGCGGCUAUCUCAUGGGCCUCAAGGGAGUCGCCAACAGGGAGAUAUUUACGUAGGGUUCGGUGAGGAAAGCCAAGCAUUCGAAAGAUGGGACUACACAUGGAAGGUGGAACCUCACACAGAUGGUACCGGAGACACCUCGUCAGGAUCUCCGACGUAUGUCUCUUUCGUGUUCAGAUACAGAUCCUAUGAGUUUCUACAAGCACAAGGUAUCGUGCCACCAAUGUCGUCUUCGUCUUCAACUACUCCCACUGGUAGAGGUCCCGUUCGCCGUAUCAUGAGCGCUCCAGCCGUUCCCAAUAAUGGGCAGCCUCCCCCUCCGUUGCCAAAUUCGUCCUUCAAAAUACAGCGCCACGUACACGAACUAUCUGCCGGCUUUCCCUCGAGCAUUCACCGCAACUCUCCAGAAGCUCGAAGGACCACCUCUUGGGUGCCAUCAAUCUCGAUGGCCCUUAAUAGCGGCUACCCUGGCACACAUUUGCUGGUCAAUCCACGGGGUCCAGAAGAGUACUACCGUUCAACCAACAGUGAUUCGCAAUGA